AUGUCAGAUGAAUAUGAUGAUGAUGAUGAAAUUUCUAAAAUUAGAGAAGCUAGAAUGAAACAAUUAAGAGAAGAAGCAAAACUAAAACCCCAAUAUUUAAAUGAACAUGGAGAAUAUAAAGAAGUAGAUGAACAAAAUUUCCCACGUUGUAAAAUAUUAGAUAGAAAACUAGAAAUUUUAGCAAAAACUCAUAUGAGUACCAAAUUCUUUAAAAUAAAUGUAGAAAAAGCAGCAUUUUUUGUAGCCAAACUUAGUAUUAGAGUUUUACCGGCCCUAAUAUUCUUCCGUAAUGGUAUUGCAGUUGAUAGAUGCAUUGGUUUCGAUGAAUUUGGAGGUGAUGAUAAUUUUAAAAUUGAACAACUUGCAAUGAGAAUUCAAAAAGCAGGUGUUUUAGAUUUCAAACAUACUAAAGGUUUAACAAUUAUUCAAAAAUCCGAAAAUAAAAAAUAUAAUAAAGAAGAAGAUUAA